GUAACGAACAACAUGGAAUUUGUAACAAACUUCUUCUAUUGUGUAUUAAUUUUUAAAAUAACAAGAUUUAUAGUGAUAUUUAUAUACCAAGAAAUUAUUGCGCCGAUCUUGCAUUUAAAUAUUGAUUUUACGAAAACAGGGCAAUGGGCAGUUAUAACGGGCUCUACCGAAGGAAUUGGAAAACAAUACGCAGAACAAUUGGCCAGUAAGGGUAUGGAUGUGGUACUUAUCAGCAGAACUAGAUCCAAAUUAGAGAGCACGGCCAGUGAUAUAAGAAAUAAGUACAGCGUGAACACAAAAAUCAUCGAAGCCGAUUUCAUAGACAAUAAUUCUGACUUAUAUGAUCGUAUUGAAAAAGAACUACGCGACUUGGAUGUUGGCGUGUUGGUUAAUAACGUUGGAAUGAUGAAUGAAUUUCCCAUUUUUUUCUUAGAAAUUGACAAAAAAAAUCCAUUGUACGACAAUAUCAUAAAAUGCAAUAUCGUAUCGGUGGUAAACAUGUGUAGGACAGUCUUGCCUGGCAUGGUCAAGCGCCGUCGGGGUGUCAUCAUAAACGUGUCAUCAGCAUCAUCAGUUACAUCGACUCCGUUACUCACGGUUUACGGAGCUUCUAAAGCAUUCGUUUAUAAGUUCAGCAAGGACUUGGCUUCGGAGUACAACAAAGAUGGUAUAACUGUCCAGUGUGUUACACCAUGUUUGGUUAAAACCAAAUUCGUCAAAUUCAUGAAAAUUCCUUUCUUGGUUACUAGUCCUGAAACUUAUGUCAAUUAUGCGCUACAGACUACCGGAAUUAAAAGUAUCACUACAGGAUAUCCUCCACACUGGUUUAUGGUGAAAAUAAGUCAGUUGGUUGAAAGUAUAUGUCCUCCACUACUAACUAAAAUAUUUAUGUGUGUUUUACUCAGAAAACGUAAGAAGUAUUUAAAAGAGACAUAAUUGACUUCAGAGAAUUUAAUCAAAUAUACCUAACCAGUGCUAAACAAUUUUUUCUAAUAAUAAAAUAAUAAUAUGGCCAAUGUCAUUGUUGUGUAUUUAAAUUCAAAUUUUCUGAUUGAUUAGUUUUUUGUUUUUCAACAAUUUUAGUCUAAUACUAUGUGGGGUUAAAAAUUAUGUUGGGUAAGGUUAAUUUAUUUAGUUUUGGUGUAACAUAAAUGUAAAAGACAAAUGGUGUUUGUAGCAUAUAAGAAUACAGUUUGUUAGUUGUAACUAUCCAUAAGUUGUUAAAUAUUGUUACAAGUUUGCUAUGG